AGGCCUUGUCGCAUAAUCCCCUAUUGCAGAAAUAGCAAGUUCACUGGCCGUGAGGAUCUCAUUGAAUCGCUAAGGAGGUUUUCGGAGCCUACCGGGCACAACCGGAUCGCGCUUCAUGGAUUGGGCGGUUCAGGGUACGUAUUCAUGAUCGCCAUUUCAGGAGUCUACUAACCUCGCUCAGGAAAACCCAGAUUGCCCUCGAAUACCUCUAUCGGCGCGCAAGCGAGAGCGAUUGUGACGUUUUCUGGGUGCACGGGAGUGGGCUACCAAAAUUUAGCGAGGACUUGAGAGCCAUUGCACAACUUGUUCGGAUUCCACCACCCAGCACCGAGCCAGACGAAGAGGGAUUCCUGUUAAAUAUAAAGAGGUGGUUUGAAGGACAAGCCAGUGGCGAUUGGGUUUUGGUUAUUGACAAUGCCGACAAUGAGGAGGACUUUAUGGGCAACCGCGGUCGCAUUUCCAAAUUUGUACCACAAGGGUCUCAGGGCACUUUGAUACUCACCACCAGAUCAGCUCAGGUUGCAUUACGAGAGCGUUGUGGAAUGAUUGAGGUCGGAAAAAUGCCACAGAAUGAAGCCCAAGAAUUGUUUUUAAAACUCUUGGGUAACUUCAACAGCUCCAGGGAUGAAGAAAAAGUAGCGAUCACAAUGAUCCUGAAAUCUAUACAUCACAUCCCACUGGCCAUCAUAGGCGCAGCAGCCUUCAUGGCUGAAACCCAGACUCCGCCUUCUACUUACUGGUCCAUUUUUCGGGAAAGCGACGAACACGCCAAGAGACUUCUUUCACGGCCGUUUUGCGAUAUCCAACGAGAGACCGAUAUUGCUGAGAGCACCCUCACUACGUACUUCAUCACCUUUGACCGAAUUACAAGGGGGAUGCCCCUAGCUGCAGAUCUUUUGCAUUUAAUCGCCUUCUUCGAUCGUCAGAACAUACCCGAAGAGCUAUUGCGCCAGAGUGGUUUGGAAGGGAUAGACGAUCAAAUCCUGUUUCGUGAGGCAAUUGGAAAACUAUUAGGAUUUUCGCUAGUUACGGCCAUCACACAUGAGGACAAGACAUUUUACGAGCUCCACCGAUUAGUGCAACUGUCUUUGCAAGUGUAUUUACCAGCAGAAGAGUUAAGUCGAUGGAGGGCCAACGCACUGAAAGUGGUUUCAAGAGUUUUCCCUCGGCAUUGGACCACGUGGAAGGGUGUUAGUUCUGCAUACAUUCCUCACGUACUUGUAGUAACCAGAAGUUUAACGGAUCCCAUUGCCGAAGAGCUUUGUUUUCGCCUGGGAUGGUACUUUCAUGAUAUGGGUUCAUAUAAUAACGCAGAAACUCAAUUGCGUCGAUGUAUUGCACUUCGGGAGGAGAGCAAAGAGCAUGACUGGGAUGAGGAGGGUCCGAGGAGAGUUCUAUGCCUGGGUUCGAUAAGUAUACAUCAAGGAAAGGCAAAUGUAGCCGAGGACAUGAUUCGGAGGUUAUUAGAAGAUAUUGGGGAAUCAUUGGACCCAAAUCAUCUAAUCGUGCAGGACGCAAUUCGACACUUGGCUUGGGCGCUAUCUCGGCAAGGAAAGUACGACGAAUCAGAGAAGUUGCACCGGCGUGCACUGGAGGGGCACGAGAAGAUACUUGGACCAGACCACCCAGACACCCUAAAAAGUUUCAAUAGCCUGGCUCUGGUACUGUGGGACCAAGGAAAUUACGACGAAUCAGAGAAGAUGCAUCGGCGUGCACUGGAGGGGUGCGGGAAGAUUCUUGGACCAGACCACCCAAACACCAUAGCAAGUGUCAACAACCUGGCUACGGUGCUGCAAUCCCAAGGAAAGUACGACGAAUCAGAGAAUAUGGUUCGGCGUGGAUUGGAUGGGCACGAGAAGCUUCUUGGACCCGACCACCCAAGCACCCUAACAAGUGUCAACAACCUGGCUGGGGUGCUGCGAGACCAAGGAAAGUACGAGGAAUCGGAGAAGAUGCUUCGGCGUGGACUGGAGGGGUGCGAGAAGAUUCUUGGACCGGACCACCCGAGCACCCUAACAAGUGUCAACAACCUGGCUGGGGUGCUGCGGGACCAAGGAAAGUAUGAGGAAUCGGAGAAGAUGCUUCGGCGUGGACUAGAGGGGUGCGAGAACAUUCUUGGCCCGGACCACCCAAGCACUCUAAUAAGUCCCAACAACCUGGCUACGGUGCUGCAAUCCCAAGGAAAGUACGACGAAUCAGAGAAGAUGCUUCGGUGUGCACUCGAGGGGUACGAGAAGAUUCCUGGGCCAGAUCAUCCAAACACCCUAUCAAGUGUCAAAAGCCUGGCUACGGUGGUGCGGCUCCAGGGUGGGCGUGGCGAUUCAGGUACGAUAAGG